AUUCACAAACCAAACCUCAGUUGGUUUAAAGAGGCAAAAGUUCAAGGCAGCCAACAAUACUCUAAACCCUAACAAAACCCUAGUAUUAUUAUUCGUCUGCUGUCAACAAAAUGCGACCUCCAAGAGGCGGCGGUUUCGGUAGUCGGGGUCGUGGUGGCGGCGGCUUCAGGGGCGGCAGGGAUGGUGGAGGCCGAUUCGGAGGUGGCCGUGGUGGAAGAGGUGGCGGUGGUGGCCGUUUCGGUGGUGACCGGUUUAACGAAGGUCCUCCUGAGGAAGUUGUAGAGGUUUCGUCAUUUGUUCAUGCUUGUGAGGGAGAUGCAGUGACAAAGCUCACGAAUGAGAAAAUACCUUACUUCAAUGCCCCAAUCUAUCUUCAAAAUAAAACUCAAAUAGGCAAAGUUGAUGAAAUCUUUGGUCCAAUCAAUGAAUCGUUCUUCUCAGUUAAAAUGAUGGAAGGUAUUGUAGCAACUUCUUAUGGUGCUGGUGAUAAGUUCUACAUUGACCCAAUGAAGCUAUUACCAUUAGCCAGAUUUCUUCCACAGCCAAAGGGAGCACAAAGUGGUGGAAGAGGAGGUGGUCGUGGGGGUGGAAGAGGAGGUGGGCGUGGGGGUGGUGGUGGAUUCCGUGGCAGAGGUGCUCCGAGAGGCGGCAGAGGUGGUGGCUUUCGUGGUGGUGGUGGACGUGGUGGUGGGUUCAGUAGGGGGCGUGGGAGAUUUUGAUGUAUCUUUUAUUUUAUGUAGUUCCCUUAUCCAUUGUAGUUUUGAUUUUUUUUCUUGGGUUUCUGUUUAUGACAUUUCUGAUCUUUCAUUUGGAAAAUGAUGUUUGACCAUUUAAAACUAUCUCUAUACAUAUUUUCUGUAACUUAUAUGAAAUCAUGUUAAAUUAUUAUGCAUCUUUUUUAUGAAA